ACACGAAUUCGGGCUCUUUCUCUCUCUCUGUCUCACUCCUUCGUGUCCCCUUUAGAAGCAAUUUCUAAGACGCCGCCAUGGCGGAAACGCAGGAGCUCCUGGACGCGCUGACGGAGCACCUCGGCGCGUUCCACCGCACAGCAAGCAGACGCGAGGCUCAACGGGAGGCGCAACGGGAGGCUCAGCGCGAGGCUCAUCGCGCGGCUCAGCGCGCAUUCUCAUCAAAUUCCGCGAGAGUUUCCGAGCAGGAGGUCAGCCAGAGACCGUCGACCAGAGGGAUUAGCACUAGUACUACUCAUCAUCUUCAAUCGGACGGUGGAGGAAAGGUGCCGUUAGGCGCAUCUAGGGUUGGGAUUUUCCCUCACGUACAUCCACCGAAGCAGCAGAUUCAGGCGUGGGUACGCCAGCUGGACGUGGAAUCGCGACGGAGGGCUUUCACCGUUGUGGACCGGCAAUGGAUGCAGAUUCUCCUUCAGAUGGCGUCUCACAUCCGCAUGAACGGGCCCGGUCACUUCAUCGUUCUCUCAGACAUGAUCGAGCAGGCCCCCGUUACAGUCACAAAUGAAUCAGAGAAAAAGACGGCAGCAGCGGGGGGUCGUCCUGCAGGUGAGACGCGUCAGGCGGCCUCUGCUGCUGCUGCGGGUCUUCCUUCCCAUGGCCACGCGAAGGGUCGUGGAAAGGGGAGCAAGGGAGGCGGUGGUAAGAAGAAAGGGAAGUCAAGCAGUAGCAGUAGCAGUGGCGGUGGCGUUGGCGGUGGCGGUGGGUCGGCGAACGCAUGCCAACCAAGAAAUGGCGAGCUUGCUGACCGUCAAAAUCCGACAAUCAGAAACGGAAGCAGCGCACUUGUUUCGGAACAGUCAGAAUCUGAUGGUCGGAGUGAAGCAGCACCACAAGAAAUGAGCCUCAUCGCUGCUGGAGAAGGCGGGGGAAUCUGAGCCGCUCAUCAGCAGCAGGCCCUCUGCCAGCCAUCUGCUUCAAGCGGUGUGAAGGCCUGUGGACCAGACUGGGCCGGCAGCAGUGGGCCAUCAGGCAACUGGAGUCCUCCCUUCAGCUCUUUUCCUCCUCCUCGCCUUCCUAUGGCGCUCAGCGUGAAGGGCUAGUUCUAGGGAAGGGAGGAAGCGGAGGCGGCACUGCAGCUGAUGACCUGCAGGAAAGGCAUUCUUCCGCCAUUUGUACAGUUGAUAGUACUCGUGCUUCGUUUCAGGUACAGGCGUCUGUAGAUUCCCUCACACUGGCUGACUCGUUACUAGCUAACGUUGACCUCUUGUUCACGGUCAUGGAGGAAGUCUCGUGGGGAGGAUUCCUUACCAAAGCGCCUGCGAGGACACAUACUUUUACCAGCAGCAGCAGCAGCAACACUGGCAGCAGCAGCAGCGGCAGCCAGGGAAAGUCUUCCUGGGAGGAGCUGCCGUGGCUGCAGGCGUUAGGGUUCUACCCCCUGGCGGCCUUUGUUGCCAGCCGCCUGGAGAUCCACCUGUGGCGCGCCUGGGACCGCGCCAGGGCGCACGGGGUAGCAGCAGUAGCG